AUGGAGGCUCCCCCAGGCCCUGAGCCCAAGCCUGGGGACCUGAUUGAGAUUUCCCGCCUCGGCUACUCCCACUGGGCGCUCUAUGUGGGCGAUGGUUAUGUGAUCCACCUGGCUCCCCCAGGGGAGAACUCUGAGUCUGGCGCCCACACCGGUUUAGGGAUGGUGAAAAGGGAGCUCCUCGUGGACGUGGUGGGACAAUGCUUCUAUAAAGUCAACAACCACUUGGACCACCUGUACAAACCUCGGCCCAUAAAGGACAUGCUCAGUUCUGGGAUUGAGAUGGUUGGUAUGGAGAUGGAGUACAGUGUUCUGAGCAGGAACUAUGAGCACUUGGUCACUGAACUGAAAUAUGGCAAGGCCCACAGCCGGCAGUUUCGUGAAGAGCCCAAGCCUGGGGACCUGAUUGAGAUUUCCCGCAUCGGCUCCUCCCACUGGGCGCUCUAUGAGGGCGAUGGUUAUGUGAUCCACCUGGCUCCCCCAGAGGAGAAGUCUGAGCCUGGUGCCCCCACAGGCUUAGGGGUGGUGAAAAGGGAGCUCCUCGUGGACGUGGUGGAAAACUGCUCCUAUAAGGUCAACAACUACUUGGACCACGUGUACACACCAUGGCCCAUGAAGAAGAUCAUCGCAUUUGGAAACUGGUUGGUUGGUAGGAAGAUGGAAUACCCUGUUCUGAGCAGGAACUGUGAGCACUUUGUCACCGAUCUGAGAUAUGGCAACUUCCCCAGCCAGCAGCGUGAGGAAGAGCCCAGGCCCGGAGACAUGAUUGAGAUCUCUCACCAGUUCUACUGUACCUGGGCACUCUAUGUGGGCGAGGAUGAUGUGAUCCAUCUGGCUCCUCCAGGUAAGGCCUGUUGA